AUGGUUAAAGUCAACGAAUUCGCUGUGGAGCGGUGGAUGGAUCUCUACGAGAACGAUGCCAAAUACAAUCUCGCAGAGACAUGUUGUGCCUCAGUCUCUCUGAACGACUUGCGAACUUUCUCGGGCCAACAAGCAGAGAUCAUAGACUAUUCUCAAAAGCAGGUCUACGGAGCAAUUCGAGGCUCCAAAGAUCUGAGGAGCAAUAUUGCAAAGCUCUACUCAACCGACAACCAUGGUUCGGUUUCUGCAGACAACAUACUCGUCACGAACGGAGCAAUCCAGGCCAACUUCCUCGCUCUUUACACGAACGUCGGUCGUGGGGACCAUGUUAUCUGCCAUUAUCCGACGUAUCAGCAACUUUACUCUGUUCCUGAGUCUCUUGGUGCCGAGGUCAGCUUGUGGAAGACUUCGCCGGAAACCGGUUGGCAGCUUGACUUGGCAGAGCUGAAGUCGUUGAUCAGGCCGAAUACGAAGUUGAUUAUUAUCAACAAUCCUCAGAAUCCUACUGGCGCUGUACUUUACCGUGAGGCGUUGCAGGAAAUUGUCGAUAUUGCGCGUCAGCACGAUAUAAUCAUCCAUUGCGAUGAGGUCUAUCGACCACUCUUCCACUCGCUUCAAGCAGAGAUCCCGCACUCUAUCUUAGACUUCGGCUACGACAAGGUAAUCGCCACGGGAUCCAUGUCCAAAGCUUUCAGCCUAGCGGGUAUCCGACUGGGCUGGAUAGCUUCAAAGAAUCCCGAGAUCAUCGAGUCCUGCGCCUCUGUGCGCGACUACACUCUGAUCUCAGUUGGUCAGUUAGAUGACAGCGUGGCCGCAUAUGCACUGUCCAGCCCUUGUGUAGACAACUUGCUACAGCGCAACCUUCACCUUGCCAAACAGAAUCUUGAUGUUCUGGAGGCCUUUGUGCGGGAGUUUGACUGGGCUGUGACAUGGGUGCGACCGCAAGCUGGAACGACGGCAUUUCUCAAAUUCGUUAAGGAUGGACGUCUUGUUAAUGAUGUCCUGUUUUGUCAACAACUUUUCGAUGCAUACGGGGUGAUGCUGGUACCAGGAAGUCAGUGUUUUGGUGAUGGACACGAUUACAAGGGAUUUGUACGGGUUGGCUAUGCCCCCGAGCGCCAGGUCAUGGUGGAUGGUCUUGAGGCCCUCAAGAGGUUCAUGAAGAAUGGAUUUGAGGGGGUUCCAACUAUGAGUUGA